GAGCUCGAGGAGCUCACCUGUGACUAUGAGGGAGCUAAUGUUAGCUUAGCAUACAGCUUCAUAAACAAUCUGAGCGGAGUUAGCAACAGUUGGCCUGAUAUUUGCCGGCUAAUGCUAACAUCAACCGGACAGGCUAACACUGCGGAGUGGACGGGGGGUUCGGUUAGCUUGUGGCUAGUUAGCUUUAGUUAAAUCUCUAAACUAACCAGCUGCAGGACCAUGCUAACGUCUGGUUAGCUGGUUAACGGUAACUGCGUCUCAGCCGAGUUCCUCCACAUGGAGGAGGGCGGAGCUUCCCAGCAGCCAUGAUGGAGGACACAGAGCCGGAGCUUUCCCCCGCCCCCUCUGAUCAGAACAGCCCCUCCCCCUCCAUCUCAUCCUCCCCCUCCCUGUCCCUCCCCUCGACCCCCUCGUCCUCCUGUGGCCCUCCCCAGGCCGUCACCCCCCCUCUGGGUGUGAUCAGUGAGGGCGUGGGGGAACUCAGCCUAGUGAUUGAUGCUGAGGUGGCCCACCGGGCGUGUCAGGAGGUGCUGCAGAAGGUGAAGCUGAAACAGGUAGACACUGAUGUCCCCACCAGCCUGCAGAAUGGGGCGGGGUCGGACCGGGAGCCGCACGCCUCCCCCUGCGGCGCUCUGAGCGUUGUGGUGAAACCACUGAAGAUUCGCGAGGAGUUGGACGACUCUGAUGGCCUGGCCCCCGGCUCGGUGAAGAGCGCCCGGCGGCGGCAGAGGCACAAUCCUUCCAAACAGUCAUGGCUGCUCCGCCUGUUUGAGUCCAAGCUGUUUGACGUUUCUAUGGCCAUCUCCUACCUGCACAACUCGAAGGAGCCAGGCGUCCAGGCGUACAUUGGGAACCGGCUCUUCAGCUUCCCGCAUGAGGAGGUAGACUUUUUCCUACCGCAGCUUCUCAACAUGUACAUCCACAUGGACGAGGACGUUGGGGACGCCAUCAAGCCAUAUGUGGUGCACCGCUGCAGACAGAGCAUCUCCUUCAGCCUGCAGUGUGCCUGGCUGCUGGGAGCGUACUCCUCCGACAUGCACAUCUCCACCCAGCGUCACUCACGAGGGACCAAGCUGAGGAAACUCAUCCUGUCUGACGAACUCAAACCUGCGGGGCCUCGAACUCGCAGGGACCCUCUGACUCUGACGCCUUUCUGUCCCCUGGCGUCCCCCGCCACCGGCCCCGGGCCCCUGGGAGGAGAGCACGGCCUGUCGCCCUCCAAACGCACACAUCAGCGCUCCAAAUCUGACGCUACAGUCAGCAUCAGUCUGAGCAGCAACCUGAAGAGGACGGCUAGUAACCCGAAGGUGGAGAGCAGCCAGGAUGAGGACACCAGCUCCAGCUCUGAAAGUCUGGAGUUUCAGACUGGUCCCCCGGUGCGUCUGGCUCCUCAGAGGGAGUUCAUAAAGUCUCUGAUGGGGAUUGGGAAGCGUCUGGCCACGCUGCCCACCAAAGAGCAGAAGACUCAGCGGCUGAUCUCAGAACUGUCGCUGCUCAACCACAAACUGCCCGCUCGAGUCUGGCUGCCCACCGCCGCCUUCGACCACCAUGUGGUCCGAGUGCCGCACACACAGGCCGUCGUGUUGAACUCCAAAGACAAGGCUCCGUACCUGAUCUACGUGGAGGUUUUGGAGUGUGAGAACUUUGAGACCUCCAGCGUUCCAAUCCGGAUCCCAGAGAACCGGAUCAGGAGCACUCGCUCUGUGGAGAACCUGCCGGAAUGCGGCAUGACAGCAGAUCAGAGAGCUGGCAGCUUCUCCACGGUCCCGAACUACGACAACGACGACGAGGCCUGGUCUGUUGACGACAUCGGGGAGUUGCAGGUGGAGCUCCCAGAGAUGCACACCAACAGCUGUGAUAACAUCAGUCAGUUCUCAGUGGACAGUAUCACCAGUCUGGAGAGCAAAGAGCCGGUGUUCAUUGCUGCUGGAGACAUCAGGCGGCGUCUGUCGGAGCAGCUGGCUCAGGCCCCCACCACAUUUAAACGGGACCCUGAGGACCCGUCAGCUGUGGCCCUGAAGGAGCCCUGGGAGGAGAAAGUCCGGAGGAUCAGAGAAGGAUCUCCUUACGGUCACCUCCCUAACUGGAGGCUGCUGUCUGUUAUUGUUAAAUGUGGAGACGACCUGAGACAAGAGCUGCUCGCCUUCCAGGUGCUGGAGCAGCUCAAGUCCAUCUGGGAGCAGGAGCGAGUCCCCCUCUGGAUAAAGCCCUAUAAGAUCCUGGUGUUGUCGGCGGACAGCGGGAUGAUUGAGCCCGUGAUGAACGCCGUAUCCCUCCACCAGGUGAAGAAGCAGAGCCAGCUGUCACUACUGGACUACUUUCUGCAGGAACAUGGUGCUCCGACCACCGAGGCCUUCCUGUCUGCUCAGAGGAACUUUGUCCAGAGCUGCGCUGGGUACAGCCUCAUCUGUUACCUGCUGCAGGUCAAAGACAGGCACAACGGGAACAUCUUAUUGGACGCUGAAGGUCACAUCAUCCACAUCGACUUCGGCUUCAUCCUCUCCAGCUCUCCCAAAAACCUCGGGUUUGAAACAUCCGCUUUCAAACUCACCACAGAGUUUGUGGACGUGAUGGGCGGUCCGGAUGGCGACAUGUUUAACUACUACAAGAUGUUGAUGCUUCAGGGUCUGAUAGCAGCCAGGAAACACAUGGACAGAGUGCUGCAGAUAGUGGAGAUCAUGCAGCAAGGCUCCCAGCUGCCCUGUUUCCACGGCUCCAGCACCAUGCGAGGCCUGAAGGAGCGUUUCCACAUGAGCCUGACGGAGGAGCAGCUGCAGCUGCUGGUGGACCAGCUGGUGGACGGAUCCAUGAGGUCGCUCACCACCAAACUGUACGACGGCUUCCAGUACCUCACCAACGGCAUCAUGUGACCUGUGGCGUCAUGUGACCCUGUGACCUGUGUGCGUGUUUGUGUGUGUGUGUGUGUGUUUGUAUGUGUGUGUAUGAAAGCAGCGUUGAACAAAUGCAGAGACUGUCUACAGACUGAUGAUCCUCAUGUUUUAUAACUGACUGCAGAGACGAUGAGCCUCCCUCUGUUGGUCCUCCUCUUCUUCUUAUUUUAUUGUCUUAUUCCAUAUUCUUCUUCUUCAUCUUCUCUUCGCCUGUUUGUUGAAUCUUUUUGUUGUUUCGUCUUUUCUUUGGAGGAAUUCUUUUUCCUUUUCGUCUCGUUUGGUGUCAUCUCUCUUCGUCGUCUUUUCAUAUUUGGGCAGAUGUCCCUGAUUGGCUGCUCAGCCGGACUCCUUAGCCAAUCAGAGAGCAGCCCCGUUUUAGUUUGAAAUGUGAACACUCGGCAGGUGGACAGUUUUUACAGGUAGACAGAGUCUGUUACCACGGAAACUGAAGCUGAUGGAGGACACGUGCAGACUCUUUCAAGGACCACACCGGUGUUUUAACUAACUGUAAACCACUGACCCAAACCAGUUUGUCUUCUGUCCAUUAAAACAAACCAGUUUCAACCAAAGAUGGUUUUUACUGUUUCAUGGGUUCAAAUGUUCAGCCAGACUGGAUUUUGAGUUUUGGAAGUUAAAAAAAAUAUAUAUCUGAUUUUGUGAAAGCAGCUUAGAGAACAUGUUUUAAACAACAUCAGCCCAGUAAAGUCUAUAAGAAAGGAUGUAAUUAUAAUACAACUUUGAAUAAUAUCCUGGAACUCAAAAGAUAAAUACUAGAAAAAGAAAUAAAUAGAAAAACAUCCUGUUCAUAAUAAUCAUGUGAGAUCAGAGCUGCAGCUUCCUCAGGUUCUCAGUCAAGGAGGUGGACACUACAGUCAAAAACAUGCAUCCUUUUAACUUAAUUUGCUGAUUGCAAAAUGUUUGAAUAUUUAGAACUUUAUAUAUUAAAACUUGCUCACAGUGUGGUGCCCAGCAGCUCAGCGGGUAGCACAGGUGUAGCAAGUAUAAAGGCAGUGUCGCUGCUGCAGUGAUGAUGGGUUUGACUCCAGUCUGUGGCCUCCUGCUGUGUGUCAUCCCCUCACUCUCCUCUCUCCUCCCUUCACACUCAAUACUGUCAUAUAAAUUAAAGGCAAAAAUAAUCUUUAAAAAGACUUCCACAUGGUAGGGUUUUUAAUUUGAAACUUCCUGUGGGAAUGAUAACAUUUACAGGAAACUAAUGAAAUAUCCUGAAACUCAAAGUAUCUGAAAAUCAGCCGAUGGUCUUUAAGGGUCUACUGUGCAGUCAGUGUUUGUCAGCAGUGUCAUCAGUGAAAGUGAAAGCCGACCCCACAUUCACUCUUAUUCGCUAUACUUGCAUUUUUCCUGCUGUGUCUCUUGGAUGCUUUCUGCUUGUGUUCUGGCACCUGGUCACUACCUUUUUAUGAAGCCCGACCUCACCUGAGUAGGGUUGCACAGUAUAAUUUUGUCAUGGUACGAUAACCGUCUCAGAAAAUAUUGCAGUUUCAUGGUAUAAUGGUGUUACAGAAUUAUUAAUGACCCUUAAAGGAAUUAAAACAGAAAGGUUACCUUUGGUCGAACCAACAUUUUAUUACUAUAAUUGAAACUUGAAACCUUUUUUAAUGGAAGUAUGACAAAAAUCAAACGAAAAACAUUUUAAAUGACGAACAGUAACAGUUGUUUUAUUUUGUGAUGAGAGAGAAGAAAUAUAAAAAUCAUAAUUUGACAAACUGAACUUUUAAGCUGUCUACAGUUGUGUCUGACUCGAACUCCCAGCAUGCACUGAGGUGCUCCUCAACAGGAGGAAUUUCACUUCCAAAUGUCAAAGGUCACUGUGGCUUCACAGGAGUUACAGUUUUAGAUAAAGGACAAACAAAAGACACUGGAGAUAAAAAAAAAAAAAAAAAGUGACAUCUGUAGGUUAUGAAUUUUAUUUAAAAAGAAUCUUUUUAAGAUUCAAAUGAUUUUAAAAUUAUUACAUAAUGUUUUUU